AGGGGUUUUCAGUUUCGUACUUGUUAAAACAUAAUGGCAAAAAAGAUGUAUCAUUUAUUGCAUUUAUCGUAAAAAAUUUUCAGUUUGUUUGCAACAACACUCUUUGGAAGUACUUUUCUAUUGUUUUACACAAAAGUGUCUGUAAAGAUUUUGUUAUAAAGUGAAAUUUAUCAGAGAAAAAUGUCGGCUGAAGUGGAAUUUCCCAAAAAAGAACCACAUUUACGUGCAUUGAAACUGUCUGGACAUGUGGGUUUCGACAGUCUACCUGAUCAAUUGGUAAACAAAAGUGUUCAAAAUGGAUUUGUGUUUAAUGUUAUGUGCAUUGGCGAGACAGGCUUGGGAAAAUCUACUCUAAUGGAUACACUGUUUAAUACUAGCUUUGAGUCCACACCCAGUUCUCAUACAUUACCGCACGUAAAAUUGAAGGCCCACACGUAUGAGUUGCAGGAGAGCAAUGUACGAUUAAAGUUAACAAUAUGCGAUACGGUGGGCUACGGCGACCAAAUUAACAAAGAUGAUUCAUUUAAGGCAGUGGUUGAUUAUAUUGAUGCUCAAUUUGAGGCUUAUCUACAAGAAGAACUAAAAAUAAAGCGUUCUUUGAUUUCCUGUCACGAUAGUCGCAUACACGCCUGUUUGUAUUUCAUUUGCCCUACUGGGCACGGUCUAAAAUCAUUGGAUUUAGUGUGCAUGAAAAAGUUGGAUAGCAAGGUAAACAUAAUACCAAUCAUAGCCAAAGCCGAUACUAUAUCCAAGCAAGAGUUGCAAAGAUUUAAGUCAAAAAUCAUGCAAGAACUUUUCAAUAACGGCGUACAGAUAUACCAAUUUCCCACAGAUGAUGAAACGGUGUCGGAAACAAAUUCGGCCAUGAAUGAUCAUGUACCCUUUGCAGUAGUGGGCAGUACAGAAUUUAUUAAAGUAGGCAACAAACUUAUACGAGCACGACAAUAUCCCUGGGGCACAGUUCAGGUGGAAAAUGAGUCCCAUUGUGAUUUUGUUAAAUUGAGAGAAAUGAUAAUACGCACCAACAUGGAAGACAUGCGCGAGAAAACGCAUUCAAAACACUAUGAACUGUAUCGUCAGAGACGUCUUGAGGAAAUGGGCUUCUCUGAUGUGGACAGUGAAAACAAACCAAUUUCAUUUCAACAAACAUUCGAAGCCAAACGUUCUAAUCAUUUAGCCGAAUUGCAAGCUAAGGAGGAAGAAGUGCGUCAAAUGUUUGUACAAAGGGUUAAAGAAAAGGAAGCUGAACUAAAGGAAAGUGAAAAGGAUCUGCACGCUAAAUUUGAGAAACUUAAGCGCGAUCAUGCCGAUGAGAAACGUAAAUUGGAAGAGUCGCGUAAAAAAUUAGAAGAAGAUUUCUUAGAGUUUACACGACGCAAACAGCAAUUGGCCACAACGCACCACACCCUGACUUUGGGUAAAAGCAAGAAGAAGUAAAUAAAUAAACGCUAGAUCCAUUGAAAAAAAAAAGAACGGAAAAGAAAUAAACAAGAAGAGUAAAAAAUAAACUCUUUGCUGCUAUAAGUUGAGUAUGUCUCUUGGCAUAGUUAGAACGUUUUUGCAUUUUAAUUCAAUUUCACUUUAUUUUCUCUUUAAAUUUUUUACUGCUCUAAUUUUUUAAAAAUAUAU